AUGGAUUUAGGUUCAUAUAUUGCUAGUACGAAGAACACUUUUGCCAAAGAAGUUGAUUUCUGGAUUGAUACGACAUCAACGAAUUUAGAAGAACAAAACAACAGACCAUUAACUUCGGCCUCUUCAUUCGCUAGAGUUUUUUCAGAUACAACCAAUGUCUCUAAUGGACAACAAUCCUUAACCAGAAAGUCUCCAAACAAGAAACCUCAAGAGCAGACUUCGCAUCAAGACUAUAGUACAUUCCUUAAAUUCGAUGAAACACAGAUAACAUGCAAAGAUGACUUUAAGACUAAAAAAAGUGGCAUGGUAUUUUUACCCAGAAGUUUCCAACAUCAUGUAAUUAAAAAAUGGAUGAAAGAAAAAUACGAUCAUGAUGGGUAUAUCUUGAAGAAAAACUACAAUUGUCCACCAUCUGCGUGUGUGAAAAAUCAGGAAAUCUAUGGAAAUGAUAACAACAAUAUUUUACCUCUAAAUUGGAUAUCACACAGAUACAUUAGGAAUUCUAAUCUUUCCAAAGAAUUGCUUUGUAGAUUUUGCAAGGGAUAUAAUUGGAUUGACGUUGGUAAAUACUUCAGACAUUUGUUUUUGGCUCAUGGAAUCCUUACGGAAAUUAAGCCAAAGGGGAGAAAAAAAUAUGUUGUGGAAGAUUUACAAUUUUCAGAUUUCUUCACAGUGGGCGUUCAGAAGAUUGAAAUGAAGAAAUUUUCAAGUAAUCUAUUACCAUUACUUAAUGUCUCUUUAAUUCCAGUGCCUGAAGGAUAUUACUCUCAAACUUUAAAUACUGGAUUUAGAAGAUCUCAUGUAUGCUGCCCUAAUUGCAAGAAUUGGUUUCGUCUUGGUUGGUGUGAACACGAUGUUAUUGUUAGAGAAGAUCAGCAGAAUUUUGAUUCCAUAAGGGAUUAUAAUCUGAAUUAUGAUCAUAUCUCAUACACUCAAAAGAGGGACAGAGACUCGAUAGAAGGAUUAUACGAUAACUACUUUACUCAUUAUGUUAGGUGUACUUACACCAAAUUUGAUGGUAGAUGUCUAUAUGUCCAGGUUUCAUCCAUUUCUAAUAACUAA